UUGAAAUGAACGUGAAUAAAAACAUCAUGAUGAUGAUGAUGUACAAAUCAUGAUCAAUACACAUAACAUCAUCACAACACUAAAUGGUUAUGAUCAAAUGAGCAAUAGUACAAACGAUCACUGUUGUUGUUGUUGUUGUCGAUGAUGAUGAUGAUGAAGAAGAUGAACAUGACAGGAUAUACCAGCACACCGAUGAAGAUGAACAUGUAACUUUUUAUUCAUUCACUUUUUUUUGGCGCUCAUUCAAACUUUGUUUUUUUGGAUUCUUUCUCUGUGUGUGUUUUGUGAAUUUUCUAUCGCGUGGUAACACGCGUUAUUAUUAUCCAUAUAUUGUGUUCAUUCAUUCGUUUUUCUUAAUAGCAACAACAACAACAACAACAACAAUUGAUCUCAAUCUGCAAAAAAAAAAAUACCAAAGAAAAUGCCAUUCAGUCGUCGUUUAUCGUUUUUUAAUAAUAAUAAUUUAAAUGUAAAUAAAAAUCCAAAAAUACAUCUAUCUGAUACAUUAAAACAAUUAGAAUCAAUCAAUAAACAACGAUCAAAUACAGUGAAAAAUUGUAAUGGCCAUAAUCGUAAUUUUACGAAUAAUGUGAUUAAAAUUACAAACAAUGAUCAUCAUAGCUGCUAUGAUGAUCAUGAUAAUGAUGAUGAUGAUUAUGAUUAUGAUGAUGAUGAUGAUGAUUUACAAACAGAAAAAUUAUUCCAUACAAUUUGUGGUGGUAAUCUGUCCAGUGAAUUUCUGGUACCAUGCGCUAAAAAUGCCAAUUGGGUACGCCUAGAAGAAUCGAUUAUAAAUUUAUUCAAAAAUGAUGGUAAAUUAAUCGAUGGCCAAUUGAAACAAACACACGAAGACAUUGUAUCAUUAUUGGAUUCAAAUUUUGGUAUUUUUGUCUUUGAACGUCUUAAGAGUCAAGUGCUACCGAAAGCCGUACGUUUAUUAAAAUCAAACAUCGAUCAUCAUGAUGAUGAUGAGGAUGAUGUCCAAUGUAAUAGUAGUGGUGAUAACGAAUAUGGAAAAAAAAAUUAUCUGGAUACAUUAGGAUCAGUAUGGAAAACUUUCUACCAUGACAUACUUUCAACAUUGGAAUGUAUGCUUUUUAGUAUCGAGUCAUUCAAUAAUGUAUCGAUACGUAAAACAACAUUGGUAAUAUUUCGUGAUCAAAUUCUCAUCAAUAGUCUGCUUGAAGAUAAACUAAAAGAAUUAUUAAUCGAACAAAAUCGAUCGAUACCGGCAAAUAUUAUACAAAUGAUAUUGAUCAUACAAAGUGUUUAUGAACGUUAUCCACCAAGUGAAAAUAAAUUACAAAUUGAAAAAAUUGCUGCAUUAGCCAUAACACCAUAUCAGGGUUAUUAUGGAACAUAUGAAAAUCAUAAUCAAACACCGAUAAUACGUUCAAAAGAACCGGAUAAUAUACUAUUAUUACCACGUGGUCCAUUUGAAAGAUUGAAUGGAACAAAUUGUAAUGGUGUUGGUGGCAGUGGUGUUAAUGGUGGCAUUUAUGGCCAUAUAACAACAACAUCGACAAAAGCAACAACAACAGCAAAAACAAUAGCAAAAAAAACAACAACAAAAUCAAUCAAUAAUAAUCAUCGAUCAAUUAUGAUGAUGAUGAAUAAUAAUAAAAAUAAUCGUUCAAGAAAAAUAUCAUUACCACAUUUAUUAACGAUGACAAACAAUCGAAAUCAAAAUUAUGUGAUUGGCCGUAUUAAUGAAUGACAACAACAACAACAA